AUUAUUUUUCCCAAUAAAACAAUAAAAAAAAGGUGACUAUGAGUACUAGCGAACAGGUAGCUCCAAUGACACAGGACAGUCAAUGCCGUAUAUGUCUGAGCGAUGAGGAACGGGAGUCAAUGAUCAAUCCCUGUCAGUGUUCCGGUUCGCUAAAGUAUACCCACAAACAGUGUAUUACACAAUGGGUUAAUACAACUCAAGCCUUACAGUGCAAUAUCUGUAAAUCAGACUACAGGUGCAGAUUUGAUCGCAAAGGACAAAAUGUGUGGACAUUUAUCACAAGUCAUGCCAUAGAUAUACUAUAUGUUUUGGUCACAACUUUCCUCUAUAUUCUUCCAACUGUCAUAAUCUGGACAAUGAGUUUAGAAUCAGUAAACAAAAUUAGAGUCCGGUGUCGAUGCAAACCAUUAUCUGAGUCUCAGUUUCUUUGCAACAAAGUUUUAUCACUGGUUUACUGUUGCAUCUCAUGUCUGAUCCAAUGGUGGCUAUUCUUUGGCCAUCUCAUCAAUGAAUGGAGAAAACACUAUAUUUAUGUUAUUGUUAGUUGA